GUAUAUAUACAUCUGGAUGAAAGUGGACACUUGCUGUGCGCACUGAUCCCACUGACACGAGAUGGCCAUCCACGUGGAAGGGCUGGUGGCCAUCGUCAUCUUCUAUGUGCUCAUCCUUCUUGUGGGAAUAUGGGCCGCGUGGAAAAACAAGAAUGCCGGGGUCCCGCAGGGCGCGGACCACAGUGAGACCAUCAUGGUUGGAGGGAGGGAUAUCGGACUGUUUGUCGGGGGGUUCACCAUGACCGCCACGUGGGUGGGAGGGGGCUACAUCAACGGCACCGCCGAAAACGUGUACCUCCCCGAGUGCGGUCUCGCUUGGGCUCAGGCGCCUUUCGGAUACGCGCUCAGCCUGGUGCUCGGUGGGCUGUUCUUUGCUAAACCCAUGCGCACCAGAGGCUACGUCACCAUGCUCGACCCCUUCCAGCAGAUGUAUGGGAAAAGGAUGGGGGGUCUGCUGUUCAUCCCUGCCCUCAUGGGAGAGAUAUUCUGGUCAGCAGCAAUUUUAUCAGCUUUAGGAGCUACUCUGAGUGUGAUUGUGGACAUCAAUAUCAACAUGUCCGUGGUCAUCUCUGCACUCAUUGCCAUCUUCUACACGCUGGUCGGGGGCCUGUACUCUGUGGCGUACACAGACGUGGUCCAGCUUUUCUGCAUCUUUCUGGGGCUGUGGGUGAGUGUUCCAUUUGCACUCUCAAACCCUGCAGUGUCAGACAUCGCCGUUACAGCUGUCAAUAAAGUCUAUCAGAAACCUUGGCUGGGCAAAAUUAAGUCAUCAGACAUAUGGAUGUGGAUUGAUAACUUUUGCCUUUUGAUGCUGGGGGGCAUUCCCUGGCAGGUGUAUUUUCAACGGGUUCUCUCUGCUUCUUCAGCUACCUACGCCCAAGUGCUCUCCUUCUUGGCCGCAUUUGGCUGCCUGGUCAUGGCCAUGCCCUCGGUCCUUAUAGGGGCCAUCGGGGCCUCCACAGAUUGGAAUCAAACCACCUACGGACCAAUACCACCCACAGAAAAGGAGGAGUCAGAUAUGAUUCUGCCCAUAGUGCUCCAACAUCUGUGCCCACCCUACGUGUCCUUCUUUGGUCUGGGGGCGGUGUCUGCAGCAGUCAUGUCAUCAGCUGACUCGUCCAUCCUGUCUGCCAGUUCCAUGUUUGCUCGAAACAUCUACCAGCUGGCUAUCCGACAGUCGGCAUCCGACAGCGAGAUCGUGUGGGUUAUGAGGGUCACCAUCUUUGUGUUCGGGGCGCUGGCCACAGCCAUGGCUCUUCUGACGGGCACCGUCUACGGCCUUUGGUACCUGAGUUCGGAUCUGGUCUACGUCAUCAUAUUCCCCCAGCUCAUCUGCGUGCUCUUCGUCAAGGGCACCAACACAUAUGGCUCUGUGGCUGGCUACAUCUUUGGCCUGCUGCUCCGAAUCAGUGGUGGUGAGCCCUACCUCCGAGUGCCUCCCUUCAUCUUCUUCCCCGGCUGGACCGAGGAGAAGAAGGUGCACCACCUGACGCAUGAAGUCGAGUACGUUAUCAAGCAGAGGUUCCCGUUCAAAACCGUGUCCAUGCUGGCAUCCCUCCUGGCCAACAUAGCCUUCUCGUACCUGGCAAAAUACCUCUUUGAGAGCGGGAAGCUCUUGCCAAAGUAUGACUUCAUGGAUGCAGUUGUCUCAAAGCACAGCAAGGAGAUCAUGGACAAAACGACGCUGAUGAAUGACGAAAAAAUCCGCCUGUCUGAACUGACCCCGGCCAAGCGGCGGCUCAGCAAAGUGGUCGCAGGAACGUUCAUGAACACAGAGGCGCUGGAUAAUGGAGCAACGAGCCCAGACUCCUCCACCGAAAAUGAUUAG